UUUAGAAGGAAAAGCUAUUUGAGCAUAUUGCAUCAUAAGAGAUACAAAUUCCAGGUUGUCCAGUAGGAAAAUAUGGAAAAAGUAACUGUGAUAGCAACUGUGAUACAACCUGUGUUAAUAGCCUGUGUCAUCCUAACAGCGGCCAGUGUACAUACUGUGCGCCGGAAUUUUAUAAGUCCGGGCUUGUUUGUACAGCAUGUCCGACAAAUUGUUUGAAUGGCGUGUGCAAUGUGGAGUCCGGUGUUUGCUCAGAUUGUGAUAACAGUUUCUUUGGACCUUUUUGUGCUGCCUGUUCCCCGAACUGUGUCGAUCCUGUUUGCGACAAAACAUCCGGAAAUUGUGAUCAAUGUGUUGUUGGAUUCCAUGGCAAUAUGUGUAUAUCAGACCUGUCCAGCCAACUGUAAAAACAAUACAUGUUCCCAGGACAACGGUUUCUGUACUACAGGAUGUGAUUCAGGAUACCAUGGCAACAUGUGUCAACAUACGUGUCCAACAAAUUGCAAAGACAGAAUGUGCAUGCAGGAUACUGGUAUCUGUGAAGCUUGUGUCAAUGGGUACCAUGGCAUCCAGUGUGACCAAUCGUGUUCUAAUAACUGUCAAGACAAAAUUUGUGACCAAUAUAGCAGUGUGUGUACAGGCUGUGAAGACCGUUUCUUCGGUCCUCUUUGUGUCGCCUGCUCCCCGAACUGUGUCGAUCCGGUCUGCGACAAAUUGUCCGGAAAAUGUAGUCAAUGCCUAGCCGGAUAUCACGGUAGUACCUGUACUCAGACGUGUCCUACCUAUUGUAAAGACAACAUAUGUAUCCAGGGUAACAGGUUUUGUACAGAAUGUGUUCCCGGGUUAUAUGGGAACACCUGCGACCAGACGUGUUCCAAUAACUGUAAAGACAACUUGUGUAUUCAGGGAAACGGAUUCUGUACACGAUGUGAACAAGGAUUCCACGGAAGCACGUGCCAACAAACAUGUCCUAUCGCUUGUAAAGAUAACACAUGUAGUCAGUUCGGUGGACAAUGUGAAGAAUGUGCUGUUGGGUAUCAUGGCAAUCAGUGUGAUAUGAAUUGCCCGGUCAAAUGCAAGGAUACAUUUUGUAAUCAGACUAAUGGUCGGUGCAUAGGAUGUGAACCAGAAUACCAUGCCAGCGACUGUUCUCUGAGUUGCCCGGACAACUGCAAGGACGAUACUUGUUUUCAGGAGAACGGACAAUGCAUAGAGUGUGUCUCCGGCUUCCAUGGUAGCAAAUGUGUAGACAGGUGUGGCUAUUGUCAAGAUGGGAGAUGUGACAAAGACACUGGGAACUGUAUGACGUCAUGUAUAGAUGGACUAACUGGCCAUAGGUGUGACAUAAAAGUUGUCACUUUACCAAGUAAGGAAGAUGACAUCAACGUGGCAGCAAUUGGUAUAGGUAGCGGCUGUGGAGUGGUAAUAGUUGCCAUGGCCCUCGUGAUAAUUGUACAGGCACGAAGACAUCGUUCAAUGAUCCAUCAGAACACCACGAGGUCUACCACUAUGACAGAUAUAUCUUUACCGAGUUUUGGACAGGAACGACGGACAGAAACAGACGGUACCUAUGCCGUUAUAGGCGCCCAGGAAAGAGUAGAAAGCAUCACGAAGAUGUCUGCAGGUGACAGCAGUUAUGAGCAACUUGGAUAUAGGGAGAGAGAUGUUCCACAUUUAUACGAGACAACAUGACUGAGUAAACCUGGAAAAUCUGACCAGACAAUGUAUUGAUAUUGUAAUUGGACACAAGUGAUACUAUUUCAUAUUGGGUAGUAUUUAACCGUCAUCUGACUGCCUGUAAAUGUUACAGCGGGGUUUUCCUCCGCAGAUUAUUAUAGUAAAACAUACUAUAUAUAUAUAUAUAUUAAAAUAUAUACAAUUGUACAAUAUUUUUGAAUAGAAGAUGGAUUUGAAAUAUGUCGCCAAAAAUAUCUGAACUUGAAAACCUCCUGAAACAUAAUAUUCAAAAAGAGUCAAUAAAUGUAAAUGCCAUGCAUCCUGCUUUGUAGAUCAAAACCUCGUCAACUACCAGCACCUCGGGUCAGAUAUUGAUGAUGUCACUAUUUAAUAUCUGUAUGAUAUACCUUGAUGAAUUCAGUUCAUACGUAAUGUCUCAUGCAAAGAAUGCACAUGUGAUUAUGGAUGACGUUUUAAUUUCAUGUUUAGUAGUGAUAUCAUUUCCUUCUGCAGCCAAGUACAACUUCAGUGUGAUUUAAACAUUUAGCACUAAAUGCAUAAAAUGCACUUGCUUUUCGUGAAUUGUAACAUGUGUGAUCCAAGAAAUAAAGAUAAACAAAUGACUGAUGACAGGCAGCAGAUUCAAA